AUGGUGAACAAGGUCUCCCCACCUGAUGGAGAUGUCCAAGAAGAAUUUUGUCGUCUUUGGGUGGAUCGCAUUGACCAUGACACAUGGGAUGACGCAUACAUGAAGGAAGUAGUCCGUUACCUUUUGGGAGCCAAAGGCUUAAACAUUCCAAGUGGUUGGGAAUGGAUAGUUCCUGCAGAUAUGGGGACUUUGGCAAGUGGUCCUACUCCGGGUUUGGAGGUUGAGGCUGCGUUCCGGCAGCUACCGAAGCCUACCUCACCAUACGCGGUUGAGCCCACAUUGGAUGUGAUCAGGUCUGUGGCCAGGCCAUCCAUGGCUGCAGCCAUGCCUACUUUGUUGGACGAUUCACAAGUUCCAAGUCAACCUAGAAACGAAACCAGCAAGGUUGCCCGUCCAUUGAAAUUGGAUGAUAGGAUCAGGCGGUUGACGGCCCCCACACCAUCAAAGGCGCCUGGCUUGUCUGACAACAAACCUGUGAACCGGUCGCUGCACUUGGAUCUUGAGGAGGUCAUGAGUUCCCCUGAAGAUGGACCGGGGCAAAGCUCAUUGGAGACUGGUGAUGCACAACGGGAAGCUGCACCGGCAGAACCCAGCGAACGGGAAUCUGCACCGGCAGAACCCAGCGAACGCGAAACCGUUCCUCCAAGUGCGGCCCACGGGGGCCCUGGCGAGAGGGACGAUGGAUCGUGGGUUGUUCCAGUGAUCUUGCAUCCCAGCAGUAUGACCCGCGCCCAGAAAGAGCAAGUGCGAAGGAUUAUUUCCCCAAAACCUACCACGGGCCGCCUCGAAGUCCCAGAAGACAUCACGACUCUGUGGAACACAGAAAAAGGGAAAGCCAAGUUGUUCUCUUUGUGGUGCAAAUCAGGUGGUGUGAAGGCAGGGUUGGCAGGUGAGCUGCAAGGAGUUUUAUUCCGAUUUCUCAAGAAGUGUGAGUAUGAUGAGUCGACCUACGAGUACUGGGUCAAUACGCGCACGGAGGGUUCUUUGAAACGAGAAGAUGUUGAACGUCUCUCCAGAAAGCGUGAGUUUGAGCAAGAGGCUGAUGCUCAGGAUUGCAUGCCCUCUAUGGAUUUCAGCGUUGGAGGCUUCAUGGAUGACUUGGGUACUCCGGGGGACUUGACGGUCGCGAAGAUGAUUGCCAUCCGCAAAUCCCUGGAGGACGCGUACGAAUUGAUGACCGAAGUCCAGGCUGAAGGUCAGCGUCCCUUGGAGCUGAGCGACUCAGUCAAGCACAUCGCAAAGAACUACAGUCGUGGAGUUCCUGCCAUCGACUGCAUUGAGGAAGCUACGGCAGCUUCCAAAUGUGACCCGUGCCCCGUUCUGAAUCGCAUUGCUUCGAUACGCAUCAACGAUGCUGACACCCCCCUGUUCAAGACGCUGCUGAAAUGUGGGCAAGCGUUGGACAUCCCCAUACACAAUCUGAAGUUGGGUGACAACGACUUCACUUACCCAGUGCUUUUACCAAAAGAUGUCCUCUCGUCAAUUGCAAAGAGAGGCUACAUUCAGAAGGUUUUGGGCGUGCCACUCCAACGCGCCUCUGAGACAUUGAGGGGGUUUUGGCAAAAGUACCGACUGUCUUACCCAAACCAUGAGAUCUUCCACAGUGGUCUUGCAAAUGAAGACUUUGCCAACUUGGUCCCGUACUACUUGCACGGUGAUGGAGGAAGGACAUACAAGAAAGAGAGCAUUCUCAUAUGCAGCAUGUACCCAGCUUUGGGGAUGGGCAGCGCUAAACAUCCUGUCCCUGAUAUGCAACCAUCUGGAAGCGCCCCUCCAAACCGGAAGAGGCCUCGAGGAAUGGAAGCUGCCGCCAUGGGCGAAGAUGAGGUUGCCAUGGGCAUCAAUCUUUUAGGAAAUUCGCUUGGGAAUCGUUUCUUGUUUGCUGCGUUGCACAACAACUACAUCAAGAAUGACAAGUCCAUUUUCUAUGACUUGAUGGAUGCCUGGGGAAAAAACAUGCACGCCUUGUUCAAUGAUGGAUUGAUGUGCAGUGGUCGUACAUUCAGAUUUGCUGUGUUGGGUAUGGUGGGGGACGCGCCAUUUAUACGUGAUGCUGGUUUGAUGAACCGCUCAUUCAACAAUAUUCGCAAGUCUGCUCGUGCUGAGACCCUUCUGCCAGGGGUGUGUCAUUUGUGUGCUGCUGGAAAGACCCAUGGACCUCCUUAUGAGCACUUGGACAUUUUGUCUGCUCAGUGGGUGUCCACAACCGGCAUCCACAACUUUCUGCCCUGGAACGAACCCCCUCCUUUGCUUGCUCACAUUGCAGCUGAACAGCAGAACCUUGCAAACUUUUUCAAGGGCGACUUGUUUCAUAUUUGGUACAGUGGGCUGGGAAAGGACUUCUGCGGAAGCUCAUUGGUGUUCAUGUUGAAGGGUGUCAUGAAAAAGAAGUCCAAAAGUGAGUCCAUGUCGUUCUUGAAUGAAGAGCUGCGGCGGUGGCAACACAUUAGCAAAUCUUCCGUUCACUUUGGGAAAUUUACAUGGGACUUGCUUGACUAUGAUGGACCCCGCAACUACCCCAAGGGGAAGUGGAGCAAGGGGAUGGACACCGGGAAGGUUACAAAAUUUAUAGAGUUUCUUUUGUCGGAGAUCCUCGUUGAGAAUCAGGGUGGCGUCGAUCGGCCCAUGUUGGUCUUGAUACAGGACGCAUGCAAGUCUAUUGGGGCAUUUUUGAGGACUCUUUUCAAAGCAGGUUUCUUUUUGACAGGGGAUGAAGCUCAUCAAGCAAUCAGUGCGGGGAAUGCUUUCUUACUGAGCUAUGAGAAGCUUGCCAAAAUGGCAUUUUCUUUGAAGAAGGCAUUGUAUAAGCUCAAGCCGAAGGCACACGCCUUUGCGCAUCUGGUGCUGGAGAUGCUGACGCAGCACAGACAUGACCGGACGUCAGUCUUGAACUGCGUAGCUUUUUCCACAUUCAUGUGCGAGGACUUCGUAGGACACGUCGCUCGCUUAUCCCGGCGUGUGUCACCAAAGGUUCAAGGGAGGAAGGUUAUUUUCAGGUAUCUUGUUGCUCUACAAAGGGCUUUGUUGCAAGAGACUUGA